AUUCAGACAAGUCAUUGACAAACAGACACACUCGCUUUAUCCUGUCCAAAUACCUCUUUGGUUCACAAUAGUCUUGGUAAAUCCUACAGGAUAUCAACAGUCAAACCAUCAAAUCCCACCGUAGCCCCAGUUCAACCAGCAAGAAAAUCAUGGUCCGAUGGCUUUUUCUGGCAAUUUUGUAGAAAAAUGGUACGUACUUCCAAAACUUCUCUUAAAAAUGUGGUCAUGCGUCGUAUUCCCAUGGAAUGGACUUUCAAUAGGAACAGAUUGGGUUCUGAAGUUUUAAUGACAGUAUCCUUCAUUUUCCUCAUUUUUAUGCUCCUAUCAACUUACAUUUUAAUGAAUCGAAUUGCGAAGUUGGAACAUCGUUAUCAUCUCGCUCACGAUCCUGAAGGCAUCAACAAGAACCUUUUACCCAGUCCACAAUGGGACGAUAACUGGACCAAAUUACUUAAAGAACAGGAAAAGUCAUUUCAGGACAAGAGAAAAAGAUUUCAUGAAGAACUCAGUGGAUUGAUUUUGUCCGUGAACCACAUGCAAUCAACUUUAGAAAUCAUAAAAGAAGAAUUCAGUUCACCCAAUGAUCGCAAUCAGAUUGACAGUAAUCACCCUUGAUCAAAAACGUGUAGCGAUCUUUACAAUUAAGAAUGAAGGAAUUGAGGAUCGCCUUGGAUCACAGUGGAUCUUUUUGACCCCAAUCUUGAUGACGUCAUCAUCAAAGAUUAUAUAUUAGAAUAGAUAGUGGAGAUGCAUCAUUACUAGCAUAGGCCUCAUGGUAGCGUAAAAUCUUGGCAAUCCUAGAGUCGUUUGUUGCUGGUAAUAUAUCAACGAACGACAUGAUCGAGAGAUAUUUUACGAAAACUAUCCAGAAUCUUUGUUAGUGAUAUGUGUUUAAAUGCUUUUAAUCCUACGGUAUUAAUGGUUUUGAUGUCUGUAAUGUCGCUUUACAGCUGGACUGGAGUGACAGCGAGGCAGAAAUGCUGCUUUGGACGUCACAUUUUAUUUAUUACUCAUGCAUUUCGUACUUGAUGUAAUUUAACCGUUUGCUUUAAUUUAUAUAAAUGGUCGUAUUUAAUAAACGCAAACGUUCUACGAUGACGAUAAA